AGAUUCGCAACAGUGUCUUCGUGUCGAAAACAGCAACGUAGUGUAUGCAUCGUGUGUUAACUAUUUUCUGCUGGAAAUAUCAAUCAACAUUAUGGAAGCUGAAGAAAGCCGUUUCCACAAGGAAAAUAUUCGAGAUUAUGAAGAAAGCCAGAUUCCAGAAUCGACUCAAUGCUCCGAAGAGAAACAAAGAGCUGAAGAUGCUGCUUCACAGGAAAGGAAACCGCUUUAUGAAGGAUGCCGCGUAACCAAACAAGAGAGUGAAAACUUAAUCAAGUCGCUCAUCACACCCCACCAUUUUACAGAUGUGGCUAUAGCCGAAUUGAUUUCUCUAAUCUUACAAUUAUUACUCAAUUUUAUUGCCCAAUACGUCGCAAUCUGCAGGUUUACGAAAGAGGCCAAUUGGAAGGAUUUAGAGGGGCCAAGCGUGGAACUGAAGAUAAGAUAGGCAACAAAUUAAAGAAUGAGAACAAGCCCCAGAAGAAUAGGAAAGAAAAACCGAAAACAAAUGAAGCAGAAUGAGAUCAAAAUAUUAGAAAUCCAAAUACCAACCAUCCAGAUAAAAGCGAGGUUCAAUCCGAUAAUGGUUAUUAUAUUAGAAUCAGAUUAUGGUCAUUAUUAAUUAUAUUAUGUUAGUACUUUAAUGCGGAUUUUACAAAGUUAGAUUGAUAAAAAUCGAUUCAAUCAUUAUAUUUGUCUAGAAGUUGC